AUGGCAGGAUCUGUGAACGUCGAGAUGUUCAUAGUCUUCAGAUUCGUGGCAGGAGCUGCGGCCUUCAUGAUCCUCGCUGCUGUGCCCAUUCUCAUGAAUGAGAUUGUGCCGGUCCAUAUGCGAGGGGCGCUCGUGGACGUCCAUGGUGUCAUGUUGGUGCUCGGUUACACCAUACAGGGAUGGGUUGGCUUCGGGUUCUACUUCUGGCAGAGCGGCAGCACUAAUACCUGGAGACCCCCUGUUGCGAUUCAGUGCUUCUGGCCGUUGUGUCUGCUGGUCGGAUUGUUCUUUAUCCCCGAGUCACCCAGGUGGCUAGUCAUGCAAGGGCGCGACGCCGAGGCCGAAGCCGUGCUCAUGAAACUACACGCCGAUCCCACCGACCCAAACAACGACGCCGCCAAAGCUGAGUUCUACCAGAUACAGAAACAAAUCGCCAUCGACCGAACAUUGGGCAACUCGUGGUGGCAUAUCUUGAGGAAACCGUCCUAUCGAAAACGCGCAUUCCUGGCGGUCGGGAUUACCGGCAUCAUCCAGUGCUCAGGCGUAUUAGUCAUCAACAACUACGGGCCCUCUCUAUACAGGUCCCUCAACUUCUCACCCGUCAAGCAGCUUCUCUAUCCUGCGGCAUGGCUGACCUUUGCGCUGGGCCUCAACGCCAUGGCCAUGCUUGUGGUGGACCGCUUUCCUCGCAACAAGUUCAUUUCCUUCGGUGUGCUGGGCUGCAUGGCCAGCUUGAUCGUGGAGGCUGCACUGGUGGCCAACUUCGUGCCCUCUAACAACAGAGAUGCCCUUUCGGCGGCAGUUGCGAUGUUCUUUAUCUUUCAGGUAUUCUAUGGGCUGUGUCUGGAUGGCACCCAGUUCUCGUACCUGGGCGAGCUCUUUCCGACACAUCUGCGAGCCAAGGGUGUAUGUCUGGGGGUUUCUAUGAUCUCGUUGAUGAAUAUUAUUUGGCUCCAGAGCGCACCCACUGCAUUCAACACCAUCGGCUGGAAAUUCUACCUCUGCUUCAUCAUCCCUGGCACGAUCGGCGGAAUCGUGAUGUGGUUCUGGUUCCCGGACACGAACGGCCUACCGUUGGAGGAGGUAGCAGCUCUUUUCGGCGAUGAAGAUGAGGUCGCAAUCUACCAGCGCGAUAUCGAGGUUGACCUCGCAACGCAUACGAUUGUGGAACAUCAUGCUGGAGAAAGCGUCAAGGGCACUAAUGCGGCGCAUUAUGAAGCUGACCCGCUUCCUUCAAGCGAAAAGUAA